AAAUGUUAUGCACUCUAAAUAGGGCCCAUGGGCUCUGUGUCACUCUCAUACCUUAUCUAUUUAACUUAUCUUGACUUGUUCAUUCUGUCCUCAGGUUGCAAGGGUCCGCUUGGAGUUCCUAAGCAGCCUGGUGACACCUGGGAGUCGGAGUGCCACAAAUGCACUUGUAGUAAAAUCACCAAGACCGAGGAGUGUGAGCCCCUGCCCCCUCCUCCCCCUGUCACCUGCACAGACGCCCAGAUGGCCAUCACCAGUAGCCAGACAUGCUGGAAUACAACCAUAUGUGUUCCCAGGACCUGUCAGCAAAAUGGAAAAGUGUAUCAGGUCGGUCAGAGUUGGAACGACCCUAAUGAUCCAUGUGUUACUUACGUCUGUGAGAAGCAAGGAAUAAAUACCAAAACAAUGGUUUGUCCUGGAGCUGUGACCUGUGCAGAGGAGUUCAGGAUUUGGGACGCACAGCACUGCUGCUACAAAUGCAGCACCAAUUGCUCUGUGACGACGUCACCCACUGUACUAUCAUAUGGAGGCUGCACUGGAACAGUACAGAUCCCCACGUGCCAGGGCCAGUGUCAGUCAUCUUCAAUGUGGACAUAUUCAAAGGGUGUUUUCCAAAUGAAUGGGACCUGCAGUUGCUGCCAGGAAAAGAGCUCUGAACAGCGGCAAGUACAGCUGACCUGCCGUGGCAACAAAAUGCAGACCUACACAUACAGGCACAUCACAGCCUGCGAGUGCAGCGUCUGCAAGGGGAAGGACUGAAGCCAUCGGGUUCAGCAAUGACCCGGGCGAACGGCCCAGCGCUCUUUCAGACACCUUCGGUCACCAUGGAAAUCUGAAUGUCUUCAUAACCUCCUCAAAUGUCACUUUCAUAAACAAGACAUUAUCCCCAGAAUAAUUAUAUACUUCAGUUCCAGUUUCCAGCUAAACAUACUACAUGAAACCAGUUUUGCACAAAUGAGUCAUAAAAUGAAUCACUAACAUGUAUUUUACUAUCACAGUAUUAAGGUAAUGUGUGAUUAUAAUCUUAAAUUCAAAUUAACCAUACUAAACUAUAUAAGAUAAGAAAAUACUACAACAGUACUUCAGGCUGAGGACCAGGACCUGUGGUUGGUGACUACAUGACAAAAUGAUUUUCUGAUAUAAUGAACUUGUAAUCCAAUUACAAUCCUGUUUAACCUAACUAAAUGAGAUGGUCAAGUUAUAAUAAUCAGUAAACACUAAAUAAGUGGGGUUUUAUUCAUAUAUCUAUGUAUUUACAUUUAUAUAUUCACAUUUCUUUGCCCCUGCAACCACACUUUAAUAAUGCUUUUAUGCACGGUUACUACACAUUUGACUUACACGUUUGGAAACAAAGACAGGCCUUCGAACUAACUGCUAGCUUAUGGUUUCAGCGACGGACUAUUUUCGCAUUAAGAAUGUUGACUUGGGGCGGAAAUAAGCAAACUGUUCAGUAGUAGUAAGGGGCGGAUUAACAGAGAAAUGAGAGGGAACUAACAAUGAUGGAACAUCAAUAAUCUGCUAAUCAGCGGUAAAACUUACCGGUCAGGGUGGCGGUGGGAAUGCUGCCAGUGAAAUGCACUGAUCGGGGGGGUAUCGCACCAGUGGAUUCAUUGGUGUCAUUUAAGAAGUUUGCGUGACCGUAGGUCAGGAGUCAGCAACCUGCGGCUCUUUGAGCACGAGGCUGCGGCUCUUCUCAGAACGAUAGACCCAUUCACAUUUUCAUGUCUUAACAUAUUAUACUUUCGUAAAUUUAAAUCAUUUAUUUAUGGGUUAAUAUUAGUAUUUUUCAUUUAGGUAUUUCUUUAGCUAUAUGUGAAUGAGGCGGUCCAUCACACGCUUCUGCAAUGUCUUAACUGCAUAAUUAGCAUCUUCCUCAGUCAUUCUCUAUGGCGAAUGGUGUGCUUUCCAGAGUUUUCUUCAGUGUCCCAGAUUAGAUGUAGGCUUAAAAGUUUAUUGGGAUUCCUAUUUCUUUGAUAUACUUAUUGUAGUAAAUCAUCACCAUGCCUUCCCAGGUUGUCAUAAAAAUUAUUACAUUUUCUCCGAUUUACAUAUUAAAUCCAGCUGAGUUGGGAGUGGUGAGGACAUUUUACGCAGCUCGGUCAGCACAGUUACAAGCAGUGAAGUGGAGAGUGAAGGGCAAACGACUACAGAGCCAAACGAGCUUUACUCAUAAAGAAGGGGUGAGGGUGAAGACUAUCGCUACAGAACUGAACAGAACAUUGGGAUGUUCUCUUUGAAAAUCUUGGGUCGGACAUUUAGGAUAAAAUGGCUCUUUGCUUUAAAAAGGUUGCUGACCUCAGCCCUAGGUUGUAGCUUAAGACAGUCUAUGCCUUACUCUGCUUCCGAGGCUAAGGUUAGUCUUGAUUUUUUCAUACGUUUGUUUAAUUUUGUCUUCUCUCUACAUCUGAUAACAAUUCGUCUACCACUCUAGCAGGACAGUAUCAAAGACACAGGAGCUGUAAAAUUAGUCUUGUAACCUUUGCAGCCAUUUCUUCUUCUGUUGAGUUACUUUGUGCUGCUUGGCAGCGAAACAGCCAUUAGCCUCCCACCAGACUCCAAUGUAAAGAGAAAGCUGGCUAGCAUGAAGUCCCAAAGCAGGAAUGGUCCAAAGCAGCUGGGACGGGGGCGAUUAUCUUGAAAAAUGUCCAACAAAAUGCAGCUAACAUACAUUUUGCUAUAAUUUAAAUAUUGUAUAUCCAUAAAUUAAACUUCUCUAAACUCGGUCUUCAGUUUUCCAAAGAUACAGUUUAACAAAGCAGAUACCUUGAUUCAUAAAUGUCUUCAGGCACAAACGUGUAAGUGAAAUGUAUAGUGACCAUGGUACAAGUGUGUCAAUGCACUCGUAACUCUGCAUUAUACAUUUUUAAACGCACUCUGCGCGGGUUCUUUUGCCUCCACUUGUCACACUUUAACCGUUACUUGGUGUAUAGGUGGUGGAACCAUAGUAUCAUGCUGUGUCUUUUUAGGCUGAAAAUAAAACUUUUUUGCAGCUGU